UCCGCGCUUCAUACAUACACACGAAGCUGCAUUCCCUGCCAAAUCCAAAUUCUAAAAUCACUUCCGUUCUGUAGCAGACUUGAUGUAUGUGGUUCGGGAUCCCAACCAUUUUCAGCGUUUUGUUCAAAGUCGACACGAAGCUGGUGUUCCGUUUGCUGUGCAGGAAUGUGUUCGUUCAGGACAUUUCAGAACAUACUUUGUGAUUACUACGAGUAGUUUAUUCUGUAUACUUUGCCGAGGCGUCCAAGCGUUGACUUGCCGACAGGCGCCUGUCAAGGACGUCGAAUCAAAAUUGCGGAUGACCCUUGAGGCUAAAGUGGACUCUUGUCAUGUCGGAGGGCGGAGAUAAUAAGUUGCAGAGACUUUGAGUGGUCGCGCGAUGUCAGCGGCGUCGCGUUUCUUUUCCACACACAGUACCAGGCGGUUUCUGAAGGCGAGAGUGCAAACUGAGCUCUCAAGUGCAACUGCUCAACACCACCGAGAGCGAAAAGAAUAUGUAGUCCAGAUCACACGAAAGGGCUUCUCCACCUCGGCCCUGGUCAUAAAUGAAGGAGAGACGGUCACAUGGAAAUGGGCCAGCUAUGAAGGCACGAACGGCCAUAAUGUCGUUCAGGUUGAUGCCAUGGCUGGUGGGUGGAAUAUCUUUGAUGUGUCACUUUCCGGAAACAACCUCCAUGUCGUCAAGGGAGGCCUGACCAGUGGGAAGGUCGUCGGCACAGGAGAGUACUCGUACACGUUCCGCUGUCAGGGAGCCUACCACUUCAUCAGUCAAGGCUUGUCGAAACGUCGCUCUGUACUGACUAUCACCGUUCAGAAGCGACCGUCGCAGAUAAUCCGCGUGGCUGACGAUGGCUUUCAUCCGCGCACACUGCGGAUUGACACCGGCACGGCUGUUAUGUUCGUGUGGGAAGCAUGCUCACUGCCACGUGCUGUCAGACCACUGCGGAACUGCGAGGGAGAGUGUGAUAGCGACUGCAUGGACAACAACACUAUGAUGAUGCGGGAUACAUCGGGAACCUAUCAAGAGGUUUUCAGUGAGCCAGGUGAAUACUGCUUUACUAGCGAAGCGUCUCUGGAUGGCACUGCCAGGCACUUGUGUAUUGUUGCUGUUCAGCGCACUGUCAAGGAAUGGCUGGUGAACGUCAGUGACAACGGCUUUUCUCCAGCACUCCUUGAGAUCACCUCCGAGGACCGUGUCUGGUUCUGCUGGGAGAAGAAGCAGUGCAAGAAAGGCCAGUACGUGGUGCGCAUGCUCGACGGAAUGCCCGAGGAGUCGGCAGCGGCGCUCAAGAGCCGCAAGGUGCAGCUGGUCCGCGAGGGCCGCCACUCGCAGCUCUUUUCCAGCGCCGGUGUGUUCCACUAUGGCAGCCUCGGCUUACCAUUCAACAUAAUGUGCGCUAUCAUUGUGCGUAGCAGUGUCAAUCAGGACACUGUCACAUUCAGCGAAGCAGGCUUUUCACCGCACAUCAUCUGCUUGAACCAAGGUCUUCAGCUGGGCUGGAGCUGGGAUGUGACGCGCUUGAACUUCAACUUCACUAUCGUUCAGCCUUUGUCGGCCAUGGUCGAGGUUCCCUCCACGUCUGCACACAAAUCCGAGGGCAGUACAGAACCCAGAACAUCAAUUGGCUUGUUGAACAACGUGGGUGAUGAUGCGUCGCAGAUCGAAGUGUGGCAAGAAACCUAUGGAGAGCUCGGCAGCUCAUCAAUCACGAUGGAAGAUGUCGGUGUCUUCUUCUUCCGCACAACUGGCCGUGGCAGCGACCCGUGGAUGGUGUCGGUGAUCGAUCCAUUCCCUCGAGAUCACACGGUGCUGGUAACUCCGAACGGGUUUGAACCACCUGUCCUGAAGAUACGACCCGGCGAUACCGUCUGGUGGAGAUGGAACGGCAGUAUGCAGAAUGUCAUGCAGGUCGACGAGCAUGGAGAACAGCUCCGCGACUAUUUCGAAAGUGGCCAGGCAUCUAAUCACGGUGCAUACGCCAUCACCCUGGAUGCUGUCGGAACGGUGUUCAUCAAAAGUGAAGGCCACCAGGGUUUGGACAUUGCAUCUCUAGUCGACGUUGAGCCGGUGAAGAGAGUCAGGUGUGUUCUUGUUGACGAUCGGUUCAUUCAACCCAACCUGAUCGUGGCAUCCGUCGGUGACAUCGUGUGCCUGGUGUGGCAAGGCUCACAGCCAUACACCCUUCAUCCUAUUGAGGAUGCGCUCUCUCCCAAAGUGUGUGUUUUGCCGGAAAGUGCUGAGCUCAUUGGAACCGAUUCCAAUAUCUGUGGUGUUUUGCACCUUUCCAAGGCUGGUACGUACCACUAUGUCCUACGUUCAGUUGAGCAAAAAAAGAAGGCUCAGACACAGCUAUCUCUGGAUGUAGAACCGCAGAAGCUUGGCAGAGAGCAGUCUUUCUCGUCCAUCCCCUGUCUCUUGCUGACUAUAAUUGUGGAGGAUCAAGCUCCCGACUCGAAACACCUCCUAUGUUCAAGUGAAUCAGGAAUCAGCUCCGCUGCGGUUAUCAGCAAAGUCUCAGUGAAGAAUUCCAUUCGGCAGCGAACCUUCUCAUCGGCCUCCACAACCCGUGGUAUGAACAGACUGGCGCAUAAGGUGGCAUCCGUGCCGUCGGUGACCAAGAACAGCAACAACCCUAUUCCGAAAUGGAAGCCGUCCGUUGAAGAUGUACGAUCAGUUCUGGACAAGCCCAUCAUGCAGACACGGUUAAACAGUCUCAUGAUUUGUGCAACAACAAAGAUAUUCCUGGACCCACCGGGCAGUGCACCAAGUGCCACUGUUCUCUACACUACCGACUUCUCGGCGCCUCGUGAAGGAGCAGAGAAUACCAAGCGUGUUGAUCCGAAUGAAGGCAUUGAAAUACCCAAGCAUGGCUUGUUUUGCAUACGUGCCAUUGCCAAGUGCAAUGGGCAAACCAGCGAGAUCAUGACGACAAGCCUCUUGUUGACACAAGCCGCUGUAAGCCAGGUGCGCCACUGGUACACAGGCUUCCGCAAAGGUUCAUUGUCAAUGACAUCGUCUCCUGUGCCCGUCAGGAAUGAAUUCACACCGCUGAGUGGUCCGGACAUUGCCGCGGAUGUUCUGGGCGGGGGCUGUGUUGUCGUGUAUUGGCCGUGCGUGACUUGGCCAGACAGUGAUGGCUAUCAGGUCAAGGGUUACGCUGUGGCACUCAACAACACCGUGUGCUGCCAGGUUCAUCAACCGUCUGUGACGGAAACUGAUGAUGGCAAGCCUGUUCUGUGCCAGGUGGAGAUCAAGGAUCUCAGCCCCGGCAGCUACAUCCUAGUGGUGUCUGCUGAACAAGAUUUGGAAACUCCACCGGUGCAGAAUGGACCUCUAUCACAGGAUAUUACAAUCAACAUUGAUGACUUUUCUCUGUCACCGUUCCGCUCCCACAGCAUCAGUGUCAAGAGCACUGAUGGUGACUUGCUGGACACAACGUUCUACAACAAGUCAACGUACAGCUCCAAGGAAAGCCUCGUGCUGGCGCUGGGAACCCUGUCAGACUUCAGGGGCAAGAGGCAGCAGCGCAAUAUGCGCAAGAAGGCCGAACGGUCGGCUAACGGCACGUACCGCAUAGCAUUAGACUCAACGGGAAUGACGGCCUCGGCAUCAAGAUCCAGCUGUUUCACUGCCAUCGAUUCCGUCAGCUUCAAGCUUGCUGCCAUGGCGGAGGACAGUGUCACGUUCACUGCCGUGGAAAGAGAUGAACCUGUUCACAAGACCCUGCUGGUUGUCGGCCAGGAAUUCAGUUCUAAGAACAACUCAAUGUCACGCCUCACCGAGUCCAUGAUGAAAGAGUUUGAUUCAAGUCUUUUCCCGUCAGAUCCCAACAUGGAGUGCCUAAUGUGGCAAAUUGAGAGGCUGCACACGUCUGUUGUUGUGCAAGGUUGCAAGCCAGGAGUCCACUACAUGGCUAUCGUCGUUGUGGGCCGCGAUACUCUGAGCGACGUGCUGUCGUUCUCGCUGCCAACUGACAAUCUCUCACUGUGGAUUGCCUCAGUGGAUGAGGAGAAGAGCAUCAUCGAAUGGUCAGUUGAAGACACUGCCACCAGAGCCAAGGAGUACACGCUAACAGUGGAUGGCAAGGUGUUCCGCAGCUGCGCUAUGACCGGCAGUGGCGGUGCUGCGUUUGGCCAGGACGUUCAGACCAUGGAAGUCACUGGCUUGGAACCGGGUGCGAUACACACGCUGCAAGUGUUUUCCAUGGCCUCUGGCCCUGCCAAGCCGUUGUCCUGCAGCAACCUUGUGACUCUACAUGCACCGUUGCCGUGCUUGCCGCUCCAAACCCCUCGCCUUGCUAAGUGCCGUAUUUCGCAGGCCCUUAAGCUGUGUUGGUCGCCAGUCAAGGUUGACCGCUCCGCGAUCAAGACCAAGCGACGUGCCCGGGUUGACGAGUACCGUGUAUUUGUGAACGGCACUCACCACACCAGCGUACUGCACAGCGAUGCACGGAGCACACAAGCGCAGAGUGUCGAGGACGACGAAACGUCGUCUCGACACCACGUGGCUUAUUUCAGAGAGGACGUGGAUCCGAUUGAGGCUGUAGUGAAAGAGAUCGAGGAUGAGGCAUCCUACUCAGUGACAGUCGAGCCGAUCAUGCUGUCUCGCCUCAGCACCAGCGAUGGCCGUGCCGUGGUGGGCUGGCUAGGCCAGAAGAUGGCCGCCACACAGCCUCUGAUGUUGAACGGCAGCUCUGGCCUGGUGUGUCCAGAGCUACAGCUUGUGCGCGUCGGCAACAGCUGUAUACAUAUCAGCUGGGCCAAGCCGCCAGAGUCGUGCAAGUUCGCUGGGUAUCAUCUGUUCGUCAACGGUGCCGCCAGCGCCUUUCUGCCAUGCUCCUCGGCCAGUUUCAUGGUACCAGCUACCGGUGGUGACGAAGUGUACAGCCUGAGCUUAGCUGCUGUACAGGAUGCAUCUGCACAACCAGAUCAAUCUGCUGCAGGGCCGCCGCUUGUUGUUCAGUAUCGCUCACAAGCGUCUCACCUGCCGGAUCGUCUUUGGGCGACCUCCGUUGGCUGCACCUCACUGGUGCUUGGUUGGGAGAUGAGUCACUCGGAACAGAACAAGGGUAUACUCGAUGGUCGGCCGGCAGCAGAGCGAUCUGGUACUGGCCAACUACUGGCACCACAGUUGAGGAUCGAAGGCAUUGAAGAUGAUUCCGCCGAGGGCUGGAAGCUGAUGUGGUGGCAAUCCGACGCUGGCCUCAGUGAGAAGACUAUGCGUAAGCUGUCCGACUCCGAGGCACAGAGUGGCUCACACAUGAUCAGUGGUCUCUCUCCAGACACUGAAUACACUGCAGUGCUCUACUGCGGCUCGGAGGACAACUUCAAGUCAACGUUUGUCAACUACAUGCAACAUCACCGCGUGUCCUCUGUCUCCGUCUCCAACUGCCAAGGCUGCGGUAAGACGCGCUCCUCCACGCUACUCUACUCAGCGGCUGAUGAAGAGCUGGUGGGACAACCAGUAGAGGAAGUGGUCGUACUCGAGGUGACCACUGCCGAAUCACCGCGGCCUGUUGCAAGACUACGUGUGGCCUCGUGCAGUCUUGAUUCGCUCACCGUGGAGUGGGAUGUGCCGGUGUCGUUCGGCGACAAGGAGCUCGUGCGUGUAGAAGUACAUCCGUAUGUGUCCUCGGCUGACGUCACCACGAUCUUUCCCAACCAGCCGCAGAGCAACUUCUACCGAGAGCCGGAGUCUACAACGCAACUGGACUGCAUCUACCGACAAGACCUCCCUGCCAAGAGUCGUCAAGUCACUAUAUCUCCACUCUCACCGUGUAUGGGAUAUCAGGUGCGUGUCAUCAGCCUACCGCGUCCCGAGCCGUCCUGCCAGGGCCGCGGUGGCACAGAUAGUCCGCUAGUCUCCAGUCCCGUGCACAUGGCAGUGGCGGAGAUCUCCGGUAGACCUCCCCCUGGCUUGCCACCCGUGGUGGAAGUAUCAGCUGUUACUGGCGAUGCAUCCUUAGAAGUCAGUUGGUGUAUGCAGGAUCUGCACACUCACUCUACACUGCUCAACUACAUCGUGCAGUGGGGACUGGAUGAGGACAUGCAGCUGGACGCACCCGAUGACGACCUCACCAUCUCGGCGAGCGCCAUGGCCAGGAACCGUGCCUGGCAGAGCGAGAAGCAUGCCAUGACCACCACCAGCUGCUGCAUCAAGAACUUGUCGCCCAACCAGCGCUACACAGUUGCAGUGGUGGCUGUCGUCUCCAACCGUGGCCCGUCGGAAGCUGAUGAGUAUCCUCGUACACCGAGCGGUUCUCAGCGACCGUCGCUCAGCAGCUUGCACAGCAGUCUGGAGGCACUGGGCAACUCUCCCUACACAUUCCACCUGUGGUCUGAACGUCAACGGGCCACAACAGCUAAUGUAGCAUUGCCAGCAGCAGCAACGGCAGCAGCAGCGACAACGGCAGCUCCAGCGGACGCCGCCGCCGCUGCGGACGAUUGCGCUACGGUCAGUUCGCUGACAAAGCGAUUCGACAUGUCGGUGCGCAGCCGUCAGAAGAUGUCCUCGUUGCAUCCGGCAUCUGAUGAUCCUGCCAGCAAGAAGGUCAACGUGAUGGCUGUGGAUACCCCUGUUAGUGUGUCCGAUUCACCCAUAUCCCUAUCUGCAGCGGUGUCAUUGCAAUCUAUCCAAGAGUUUGACGAUGAUACCACUUCUAACUCUUGUCUUACUCUGUCAAGUUAUGACGAGGUUUCUGUCCAACUCAAGUGGUCACCAGCUGAGGCUGCAAGCAGCCAGAGUAACAAGACGAUGGUGGUGGAAAGAGACGGUUCUCCUGUCCAGGUGCUGAAAUCGAGCAGGAGCGCCAGUGACUGUACUAUUGAUGUUGACUGGGUCAUGGGAGCAGUUCUCACAGUACUCGAGGAGAAUGCUGAAAAGGAUGACACUGCACCGUUAAUCCGACUACCUGGCCGGCCAGCAGAUGGUGUCCACUUCCCCAGGCUCUCUGCCAAGUACUGUGAGGUGGCCGGUGAGGUGGCCGGUGAGGUAGCCGGUGUUAUCAAGAUCAACUGGUCGCUAUCGCCUGCCUGUGAUGACAGUGAGCAGAGCCAUGUUCCGGAGAGAGUGGACGUCGUGUGGCGCGAAGGCAGAGUCAAACGGGCUACAAACCGCAUCUCGGUGCCCAAGUCGGCAACUGAGUAUGUCAUUCAGAACUGCGAGGCAAGAACAACAUAUCAGAUAUUCUUGGAGGCAGUCCUGGAUGAUGACAUUGAGACUACUAUUCCCAGCUGCGUCAUCACAUGCCGGGUACCUGGUCCCCCCGACGCGCCCAGCCUGUCUGUGGGCAGCGUAUCAAACGGAGUAGCAGAGCUGUCUUGGAACAUACCCAUGACCUACGGCGGUGUGCAAGUCACAGGCUAUCGGCUGUGUAUCAACGGUGAGGAGUCCAAGGACAUCAUACCAGAGUCGGAAACGUCCACUACCAUUCCCGUUGUAUCCAAUAGGUGUUACAUAGUGAGCAUGGCAGCGGUGACCAAGCACAACCAGUGGAGCAAGUCGCCCGAGUCCAGCGCCGUUUGCAUCAGCCCUCCACCGGCCACUCCGGUCACGGCUCGCCGCAGCUCCAACACGUCGUCCAGCAUAUCGCUGCAGGUGAUCAACGUGCUCAGCUCAGCCAUUGCACUCUACUGGACCGACUACUGUACACUGCAUGAUAACUCGGAGCUCACACACUACGUCAUCCGCUGGAACACCUCCAGAGAUCCCAAGAUCCAGAAGGUGCUCAUCUCCAGCAAGUACUAUUGCCAUAACCUGCUGAACGUGGAGGCGUCCACGUCGUUCUCAUUGCGCGUGCUCGGUCAGAACAAGGACGGCAAGGUCUUGUGCCGCUCCAAGCAGAAGCUGGUAGAAACACCGCCGGCCACCACCAUCUCCUUCUCCAUCUCACCCAUGGCCAGCAAUCGUAACAUUCAGGCCGACUCCGAGCCCGAUGGUGCCGCCAGCGCCACUUCCCUGUCAGCCGUGUUUAAGUCGCCUAGUCCAAUCAUGACUACAACACCAUCAGCCUCCGUGGAGAUCAUCAAUGAUGAUCUGGCAAACGACGAUCCAAACAUUAAUUUCGACAUCGAGAGGCCGCGCAACUACAGCCUGACCGAUCUGCCCUUAUCCUACGUCCGAAGACUUCAGACCUACGUUGGCCCUGGAAGAGGAAAGUCUGUUGAGGACAGUUUGUUGCCUCAGCUUUCACUUGAGAUCUCGUCAUCCAGUGGUGUGGGUCGUAUCCAGACCCUGGUUAGUGUGAUUGCCCAGUGCUGUGACAGCCUGCUUGCAAGACAGAAUGCUGUGGACAGGAUCAUUGCCACAAAGCCCAGUGAGAUCCGGAAGAAACAAAGCGAGGCUCUGUACAUCAAGUCAGCACUGCGGUGCCUGAGCAUGGAGAUACGCAGCAGAAUGAUGUACAUCAACACGCCGGAGCGAGUGCAAGAUAUUGGUUUGGAGUUCUUGUUGGGCUGGAGCAUACCGGAGGGUGGUGAGUUACCAGACACUGCUGGCUAUCAAGUAUUGCUGAACGGACAGCGGUUUGACAAUGUCCUGCCGCUGAGCGCCAGAGUGGCCUCCAUCCAGCUGUCGGAUCCCAGUCGGACGUACGACCUGCGUGUAGCGAUGGUGGAUGCUGAAGGCGCCGUGCUGCGAUCAUCUGAGGUCUGGCAGCUGACCGCAAUGGACUACGUACCGGUGCGCUACUUCUGUAUGACACACAGCCACGUCAAGGGUGCAAAAUAUCCCGAGCAUGGCUGUUGCUCCUAUCUGGAAAGUUUCCGGGAGGAGAUGAAGACGAUGGACGCAUCCAAUGCCAUUCACAGGGGCCUGAUGGUGGACGUUGAGAAGAUGCGCGAGGAUGACUACCGCAAGCCUGUGGCGUCUGCUGUCUCCCUGACUAGUACUCUGGUCUUGGACAUUGCCACGGAUGCACGCGUGCCGCUGGUUGAUCCCGACCUUCCCAAGGACUGCUUGCAAGUCAUCCUAUUCUGGACAGACUGGUGCACGACGGCCCAGCAGACACUGACUCUCUUCCAACAGUAUGCCGCAGUGAACGCGAAUAAUGUGCUAAGGUUCCAGCACUGCUGCGUCGAGUGCACGCACUACUCCGUGGAUGACAUUCGCACGAUGCAUCGCGCCGGCGGCUGGCUUGACGACACGGAUGUUGACAAUGGGCGGGCGGGCAGCAAGGCUGUGUGUGGCUGUCAUGUGCUCAGAGCCGGCCGCCUUCUACCCUCGCAGGUCUUCAAAGUCGUUGGAGUGCCCACAAUAGCCAUUGUCUACAAGGAAACUAUAAUCUGGCAGGGACGUAAUUGUGCCAAUACACCGGAAGAGUUUGGUGCCAUGAUGCGCCACACCAUUGGCAGUAUCCGUGGCGACACGCCGUGUCCCGUCGACUCCUGCAUGCACUGUCGGCCGUGCGAGGAGAUGCUGCCGAAGGCACUGCAGACGGAGCUGACCGGGCUGCGCGGCAUCAGUCAGCGCAGCGUUGCCCGGCCCACCAUCAGGCGACCGCACCGCGACGACGCGUCUCCAGUGCCAUCGCCAGCACCAUCGCCAGCACCAUCGCCAGCACCAUCGCCGUUGUCGGCAUCGCCGGCAGCACCGUCAUCGCCGGCAGCACCAUCAUCUCCAGCACCUAUGUCACCAGUAGCAACAGGCCGUGACAGUAACAAUAGCCUAUCCACAACCAGUCCAUCCAGGAAUAGUGAUUUCCCAGUACAAGGAUCAGUCAGAAGACUCCGAGCGAGCUUCCGCUGAAUGUAAGAUUUCACUGUCUGUUUUGAGCUUCAGCAUAUACAUUGUCAAUGGGAGUCACACAGAGCCUAUGCCACCCAGUGACUCAUCGGAUCAUUUUUGCUGUGACAGAAUGUGCGUUCUCACCACAUCACCUUCUACCUUACGCAGUACCCCAUGUGCAUGCUCUGGUGGCGUACUCUGCAUCCCAGGACACGCAUGCGCAAUCAAGAUUGUUCAGCGCAGCACCACCUAUGAGGUCUUUCUUGUCGGAUCUGCACAUCUACACAUCCUGGUCCAAAUACACUGAGUUCAAGUUUAACUUUUAAAGCGUCCGCAUAGUUUUUUCAUUGUUCCUGUAUUCGAUUCAUAUCAAGCCGUUUGCAUUGUCACCGAUAGCUUGGCUAGAGCCACUCUGUUCGCUACCAUAAUAUCGGUCUGCAAGCAUGGUAAUUCUGUUUAGAAUGCUCCACGUUCUUCUGGGGAAAACUGCAUUUUAAAUUUACGAGUAGGUCAUGUUUAAUUUAUUGUAUUCCUGACUAACGAUCUACAUCUCGAUUUCAUAAUACUUUAUCAAUUGUCCACGCUAGCCGGAUGGAGAUUUGGUCACUGCAUGUUCUUUGUGCGUGUCCUCGACUGUCUAAACUCAACAUACGCCGUCAAUCCGGAGCUUUAUUGUGAUUGCAUGACAGAAUUAUUAUCAAUUUUUUCAAAUUUUUGAUAGGGCAAUCCCCACAGGAAGUGUGCACCUCUGAGCAUUGGGAAGAUGGCCGGCCUGUAUGCAUAAAUUCGUAAUUAUGGAUUGGCUAAUCUAUGUUGAACAUCCACCCGUAAAAAAAACUUUUCCCUCUCGCUUUAAAAUUUCUUAGAAUUGAUUCCCAGUUGCGGGCAUGCCGUCCGUGUGUCCUCUAUGCCAGUUCUCGGCGACUAUUUCUUCUCAAUCUGAUUUUAAAUUCUUUCUCACUCACCGCUUUCCCAUGCAAGUUUUUACUUCACGCACAUUGCCCGUUGCUUAUCAAAAAUAGAACUGUGAAUUUGGCCGCUUCCAUCACACUCUACAACCAGCACUGGUUUUCUGCCUGCAAUUUAAGUUAAAAAACAUUUAGCCGUGGCUUCUUUGCCGCUCCCAUCACUG